AUGCUUCCAAAAAAGUUUGGUAGAACAAUUCAUAUGGUUGGAGAAAACAAUUAAAAUUAAGAAAGAAUAAAAUAAUUAAUACUUGAUAACUUAUUUGGAGAAUAUGCACAAAAUGAUUAAGUUAAUGCAAAUGUAUAGUUAAAAAUUAAUUAUAGCUAAUUACAGCAUAUAUAGAAGACUUUUUUAUAUAAUACAAUUCAAAAAAUGCCAUUAGAAUUCUAAGAGAAGAAGUGAAGAAAGCUGUUCUAAGACCAAAAGAGGAAAAACUUAUGUUGAUAUAGAAAUUAAAUUAAAGAAUUAAAAGUAAUAAGUUUAAUUUUAUAACAAGGACAAUAAGAAUAACAGAUAAAGAACAAUGUAAUAUCUAAAUAAGAAAAUUAAAUUUAGGAAAGAAGACAAGAGAUUAAUUAAUUAUCAUAAUAAAAAUAAUAAGCAACCUAAAUAAAAUAAAAGACUGAUACUCUCAUUAAUGAUGAAAAGAGAAAAUCCAUUUAUAAAGUUGAUGGAUCAUUAGAUGAAUGGGGAGUUAUAAUUAAAUAUAAUACUUAAUAAUUUUAGAAAGAAAUAGAGGAAGAAAAAAAGAAAAAAAUAAUUAAUAAAUAAAAGAUUAAAGAAGAUUUAGACAAAUAAAUAGCUGAAAAAGAAAAAGUAAAAUAAAAGGAAAAAUAAGAUGAUAUAUUAUAUUAUACAACAAGUCUAUAAUAAUUAAAGGAUUAUGAAAGAGAAUAAGAGUAGAAAUAUAAAUCAAAAAAAUAAGAAGAACUUUAAGAAAAGAUAAUUAGAGAUCAAUAAGUAUAUUUUAAUAAAAAGCAAAAGUAAAUAUUAUAAUUUAAGUAGAAAAGAAUAAAAUGUUUAUAUAAAAUAGUAGGAUGAAGAAAUGGUUUAAAGAGUUAAAGAAGAGAUUAAGGCAGAGGAUGAAUUAAAUAAACGAAAGAAAAUGGAAUAAUUUGAAAAGCUAUAAAUUAUAUUAAAAUAGAAUGAAAAUUUAAGAAUUAAAGUAUUAAAAUUUUUAUUAUUCUUAGGCUAAAGAAGAUAUAAUUAGAAGCAAAGAAUAAGAAAGAAAUUAAUAAGAGUUAUUUAUUAUAAGGGAUGAAAUUUAAAAUUAAAAAAGGGAAAGAAUUAGAAGAGAAAAAGAAGAUUUAAUGAAUUUAAAAAUUAAUAAUUAUAGUUAAUAAGCAAUAAGAUAGAAGAGGAAUAAUUAUGAAUUAAAUGAAACAUUAGAUGAUUAUUGGCCAAAUAAUAAAAAUGAGUAUAAAAUGUAUUUAAUUUAAGUAACAAAAUAAGUAAAAGAGAAUAAUAGUAUUAAUUAUUGAAUGAUUUAGAAAAAUAAGUUUUAGAGAAAAAAAGAAGAUAUACAUAAGAAAAAUCAGAAAAGAAAAUUAUAUUUGAAACAGAAUUACAAGAAUAAAGGGAAGUAUAAAAAUAAGAAUAAGAACGAAAAAAUGUAUUAAAUGUUAUAAUUAUAGAAUAUUAGAUUAAUGUACUUAAAGAAUGCAGAAGAACUAAAAAAAUAAAUUGUAUAUGGAUAUAAUGGUUCACCUUUGAAAUGUAAACCAAAUUCUUUUUAGAGAAUGGGAGAGUAAGAAUUAUUAUAGAAUAAGAAAAUACUUAAAAAGAUUGCAAAUGAUUCUUUAUUAGGUAUAUAAGUGAAAAAGACAGAAAUAUCAAUUCCUGAAUGA